UCCCCUUGUUCAGCCAAUAGCGCUACACGUGGCCAAAAUCUUUAUUGUAGAAUGGAGAUGUGUGGAAAUUCUCUUCCCCGACAGUUUUGUUCAAGAUGGUCUCCAAGAAAGAGAAGAAGGGGCGUUCUGGCGUAAAGGCCAUGAAAGAUGUGGUCACAAGAGAAUACACCAUUCACAUGCACAAAAGAAUUCAUGGAAUGGGUUUCAAGAAGCGUGCACCUCGUGCUGUAAAGGAGAUCCGAAAGUUUGCCUUAAAAAUGAUGGGCACAAGUGAUGUGCGGAUAGACACAAGGUUGAACAAGUUUGUGUGGUCCCAAGGUGUCAGAAAUGUCCCAUAUCGUAUCCGUGUUCGAUUGGCGAGAAAACGCAACGAAGAUGAGGACUCCGCUAACAAGCUUUACACCUUGGUUACUUAUGUCCCUGUUGCUACAUUUAAGGGACUUAACACCGUCAAUGUUGACGCUGAUGAAUAAACUGAACAUAUUAUAUAA